AUGUCGUAUUUGACAAGGGAACAACUUGAUAAAUACUUGAAGAAUCUUAGUGAAACAGCGCCAAAACCAGCGAACAACAAUGCAGGUGCGAUUGCUAUUAAUGCCCUUCAGAAUGCCACACCAAGAAUAUCAACCUCAAUAAAUGUACCUCCGCCCCCCAAGAGUCAUCUCGCUGAAAGUACACCGAAAAGUGAGAGAAAACAAGUUCUUGGACCACGUCCUCCACCUGACACUAAGCGCAAUCGGCUAAGUGAUUCAUCCAAGAUGCAAGAAAGUAAUAAUAGUAAUACGACUGUUAAGCGUCACAGCUUGUCCAGUUUGCCACGAACAUCCAAUAAUAAUGCUGAUGGCUCACGAAACGUCUCAAGAAAAAAUUCAAUUCCAACGGCAAUUGAAGAAAAACCCAAAACUUCAACGUUCAAAACCAGAGAUUCAAACGAAAAGAAACGGGAUGUGAAUAUUGACGAAAUUGUGAAUGAUCUUUCUUAUCCUAUGGAAACAAAACUUUCCUUGAAACCAGAUAACGAGGGCGACAAUAAAACAACAAAAGUUUUCAAAAAUACUAAAAAUGUAGAGAAUAAUGCAGAUGAUACAUCAAAAGGAAGUUAUGUAUUAUCUGCUGCUUUCAAAUCACGAAUAUCCGCUCCUGGGGCUUCUGACCAAAAGCAAACCAUGUUACCGCCAUCGACACAAAAGCGUGAAACAACGCCGGCCAAGGAGAAGCGAAGUUCUACAAUCCAGGAGUCAAAGCAAGAAACACAAACAAAUACGAAUUCUAAUUCUCGUUAUGAUGAAGCAAUACAAAAAUACCCGCCUGUUGAUUUGUUGGAUAAUGAAAGUUCAAAGAUUCCGUCAAAUAAUAUCAGAACGGAACAUGAUACCAAUAAAGAAGCCACGCCAAAUAAAAAUUUACCUCUACCUGAUACCGAUAUACAGAAAUCAAAUGAUAAUACUUCUCAAAAAUCGACAAAUACUUCAAAACCAUCAAGUUCUAUUAACUGCGCGGCUUGCGAAAAACAAAUAAACGGAAAUGUUUUAUCGGCUCUGGGAAAGAAAUGGCACCCUGAGCAUUUCACUUGUGCUCACUGCAAUAUUGCUUUGGAACAUGUUUCGUUUUAUGAAAAGGAUGGUCGUCCUUAUUGUCACUUGGAUUACCAUGAAUUGUUUAGUCCGAGAUGUGGUUCUUGCAACACACCAAUCGAAGGGAAAUGCAUUAAUGCUCUCGGUAAAUAUUGGCAUCCCGGUCAUUUCUUCUGUCGAGAAUGUGGUAAGCCAUUUGAAUCCGGAGGUUUCAUGGUCCAUGAUGGAUUUCCAUAUUGCGAAGAUGAUUGGACAAGGUUAUUCGCAUCUAAAUGUAAGGGAUGUCAACAACCUAUUAAAGGAGAGCAUACGAGUGCUUUAGAUGGAUUGUGGCAUAAUCAUUGUUUCUGUUGUGAG